GCUUAACACUUCUUUUGAGAUUGAAAAGGAAGUAAGGAAAGAGAGUAUUAUUAAAAGCAAAUUAUAGAGGAAGGAAAAUUUUAAACCGCGUAAAAACAAUAUUAGUUGGAUAUUAUUACCUAUGAUUAGUAAUAAUUCUUUCAAGAGAGACUAAUACAACAAGGUGAUACAUAUUAAAAUUUGAUAUUAAGUUUGGUUCUAAUCCUAAGCUGAUUAGGCCUUUAGUUUUAUCCUCUUUCUUUUUUUUUUUUCUGAAUGUUUACAUGGAUCAAGGGGUUAUUUGAUGUGUAAAAAAAAAGGGGGGGCUAUUUGAUUUUUUAUAUAAUUGCAAAUUAUUUAGAAAAACUAGUAAAACUUGGGGUUCCUAAUAAUAAUAUAUACUUUGUUAAAGUUCCUCAUCAAAACAUGACAUGGAAAUCAUUUAAUUAAAGAUUCUAAUCCGUCAAUUUGCAAAAUUAUUUAUACAAUUAAAUGCUGUGCUUUUUGUGGUCUAGUAGAUCUUACAAUGCCCAGAAUUAAAAGAAAAUAUAAUAUUACCAUGUUGCAACAUUUCUUUUUGUUUUUGUUUUUUUUUUUUUUUUAUCUUUUCCAAAUUUCGAUACGUUUGACUAAGACUUUUUGGUAGCUAACAUUUCACCUACUCAAUUGUGAAUCAUAUGUAUGCACUACAUAAGAUAAUCAUUUGAAAUAUUCAGGAAGAACAUCAAUUUCAUCAAUCACAUUAUUUUGGAGAGAGUAAAUAAUUAGCAAGUUUAUAUAAAUAUUGCUAUUCACCUAACAAGCCAACUAAGAUACCAGUUUUCUAUUUCUGAAACCAAACUUGAUACACAACUUUUUAAUUUUUAUUUCAGAAGCUUCAAACAUAUCUUAAUUUUCUUAGACUAUUUUCUGUUUUUUUUUUUUAAGUCAAUGUACUGCACAAACUACAAUGUGUUUAUUAUACAAUAUGCAUGCAUUUGAUUUACAUAAGUUUGGCAUGUCACCAUUAUUAGCAAUGGCUUUAAUAUCUGUGCUUGGUAGGUGUAUUUUAAGUAAUGAAGAAAAAAAAAACUACAUGUUCUUCACGUAGCAUAACAUUUGCUUAGUUUUCUUAGUAGUUUAAUACCAAUUAUUAUUUAAGAAACUAAGCUCUUAUAUAUAUAUGUAAAAUAUGUUUCAUGAACUUCCCUAGUUAAUUACACCAUGUGACAAGGACAUGUUCACUGCAAAAAUAUUCUCUCUUAAAAAGUCACAAGUCAAUAAGACAUUAAUGAUCACUUUUGUGGAUCUUUUCUCAUCCACAUCUUAACAUGCACAUCUAGAAUGUCAACUCUACUUAUCCAAGAGAACUUAUUUUAAACCCCCCCAAAUUUGAAUUCAAAUGUCUUAAUCCACCAACUAUAAGAACAUCAAUUACAUCAAAGAAGUUCACUUCUCCAUUUCCUUCUUCAAAAAUUUUGUUUCAGAAAAUCUAAACCACUUCUCCUCUUUCUGUUUUGGCCUCUCCUCUGCUGCCCCUUCGAUUGCGAUGGCGAGAAUGGCAAAUGCUUUCCUUGCUUUGAUGACGAUGGCCGCAAUCGUCGAGGUAGGAAUCUGCGCUGAUCACAUCAUCGGAGCACCGGGCGGCUCAUGGGAUCUUCAGACCAAUUUCUCAAAAUGGGCUUCCUCUCAAAAAUUCCUCGCUGGCGAUAACCUCAUAUUUGUGUAUGGGUCAACUCAUAGUGUUCUUGAGGUAACAAAGGGAGACUAUGACACAUGCACAACCACCAAUCCAUUAUCUUCAGACAACAGUGGCAACACGAGUAUCGCGCUGACGGCUUCGGGCACCCGGUACUUCAUCUGUGGGACACCCAUGCACUGCUCCAGCGGCAUGAAGAUCGCGAUUCGCAUCUCGUCUCCGAGCUCGCCGCCCCCCGUGCUUUCUCCCCCUGCCCCCACGUCGCCCUCUUCGGUCUCAUCUCCGCCCCCCGUGGCCUCUCCUCCUCCCCCGCAGAAAUCUGCGGCCUCCGCUUACGAUCUUCGCGUGCAAAUUGCCGUUGCAUUCGGGCUCGGUCUCGCAGUUCUGAUGCUUGUGGCCCUCUGAUUCAUGCCUGUCUCUUUUUCUUUUUUUUUCGGAAGUUCUGCUGUUAUUUCGCUGCUGCGCUUUUGUUUUGCUUUCUUGCAUAUGUGACAGACAUGAGGUGAGAUAAGAGUGGAAUUUAAGUUGCGCAUUUGUUUUCGAUGUUUAUUUUUCUCCGAUUGGAAGUUUAUGGAAACAAUUGCUGUGAAAUUCUCUGCACCAUUGAAUUUCUCGAUUGCGGGUAUUUCGCUUCUUA